AUGACAGGAGUUAAACUUCCUGCUCUGACUGCCCCCGUGUUUGUCAUCUUCCUGGAGGUGGAGGUGGGGACCAGCUCCAACCAGCCUAUGUGCUAUCAGGACCCAGCUCUCCUUCAUCUCAACAUCUCAGACAGGAAGAUGAUGUCCUUUCCCAGGCCUGCUGCUGAUGGAGUCCGUCGGUUCAGCAGCUGGUCCAUGCCUGGAGCCACUCGAAGCCCUCGAUUCAGAAUGACUACUGCUUCCCCCAACAUGUUUGAUGGAGGUGGUGGCACUGCCUUCGACUUCAUUGGUGGUGCUGGUGACAGCGUUGGGCUCUCUGCCAAUGAGAAAGCCACCAUACAGCACCUGAACAACUAUGUGGACUCCUACCUGGACAAGGUGCGCACGCUGGAUGCGGCCAAUGUUGAGCUGGAGAAGAAGAUCAGAGAGAAGAAGACCUCCUCCUCCGCCAAAGACUACAGCCAGUACUUCGACACCAUCAUAGAGCUGCCGAGACAGAUCCAGGAUGCUACCAAAAUCAAUGCAGGCAUCUACCUCUCCAUCGACAACGCCAAGCUGGCCGCUGAAGACUACAGGCUCAUGUACGAGAACGAGCUGGCCAUGCGUCAGUCCGUGGAGGCCGACAUCGCCGGGCUCAGGAGACUCCUGGAUGAGCUGACUCUGACCAGGUACGAUCUGGAGAUGCAGAUCGAGGGCCUGAAGGAGGAGCUGGUCUUCUUCAAGAAGAACCACGAGGAGGAGCUGCUGGCCAUGCGGACUCAGAUGAGCGGUCAGGUAAACGUGGAAGUGGACGCUGCUCCUCAGGAGGACCUCAACAAGGUCAUGGAGGAGAUCAGAGAGCACUACGAGGGUCUCGCUGCCAAGCAACGCAAAGAACUGGACGCCUGGUUCCAGGCGAAGUCAGAAGCGCUGAACAAAGAAGUCGUCGCCAGCACAGAAACCAUCCAGACGUCCAAAUCAGAGCUCACAGACCUCAAACGGUUGCUGCAGAGCCUGGAGAUCGAGCUGCAGUCACAGCUCAGCAUGAAAGCCGGGUUGGAGGGCACGCUGGCUGAGACUCAGAGCCGGUACGCCCUGCAGCUGUCCGGUUACCAGAACCAGGUACUGAUGCUGGAGGAGCAGCUGUCGCAGCUGAGGGCAGACCUGGAGCGGCAGUCCCACGAGUACCAGAUGCUGCUGGACAUCAAGACCAGGCUGGAGAUGGAGAUCGCCGAGUACAGGAGGCUGCUCUAA